GAGGAGCUGCGGGUGCUCGAGCAAGCCGUUGUCUUUGCCAACGAGUUGGCUAGCAACGUGGUCUGGUCGCAACUUGCGCGCCGCUAUGCCCUCCCUGCAGCCGGCUGUGUGUUGCUGGCAGAGAAGGAUGAAGAGAAGGAAGAAGGUAUGGCCUUUCUCAAGGAGAUCACGGAGACGGUGCUGCGUCUGCGCACGCAGACGGGGCGCAACAAGCUGCUGGCAGAGCUCAUGCGUGACAUUGCCUGGACCCGUGAAUCCCUGCCGCUCGAGAUGAUGGCCGCCUUCCGGCAGUCAGAAUAUGACGCGCACGAUCCGGACACGUACGACCUGAUGUACGCGUUGAAAGCAGGCACCUCAAGUACAAAAGAUGUGCUUGAAUCGACGUUUGCACAUCUGACAGAUGUGAGCAAGCGGCACUCGAAAAACCAGAAAAUGGCUUUCUAUAGCCGGUGGUUGUACGCCAUCUGCGCCCCGUACUCCAAAGAUGCCGCGCCGCAGUUCUUUCCGAACCGGGAGGCUUGGCUGACCUAUAGGACCUCGGACCCCGAGCUUCAGAAGGUCUUUGGCCAGAUUGGAAACGUGAAGGGCAGCGUGCUACCUGAAAUUCAGUACGGCAGGGACCGCCGCUUCCCGCAGCGGCCCGCUCAGAUUGUCUACCGGCACGCUGGCCCCCUGUCUCACAUGAAGAGCGCAGGGGCUUUGGCCCUGGCCAUGCACGACGUCAACAACAAUUUCAACAACGUUCAGCACAGCUGGCUAGGUGCAUGGGACCUGGCAGGAGCUUUGUUUACGGCAGGGGGCGUCUUUGUGUACUUGCCCACGUUCAAGUAUUGUAUUUCGCUUGGUUUCAAGAAGUGGUGCGCAGUGGGACUGCCACUGAAGUUGCGCAACGCUGCGGACGGAAAGGAGUACCUGUCUGCAAGCAGCCUGGAUGCCGUGGCAGAGCCGUUCUUCAUGCACAAUUUUUCCAUUUCGUUGGAGAGUUGGCAGGCUGUGGAGGUUCAACUGGUGCUCCCGUGCUGUAUGCCGCCAGAGCUUGGCGGAGGUGUGGGCUUGGAAGCCACAGGCAUGACCGACCUCCUGCCGGCGGCGUUGAAGAGGGGCACAUUCUUCACGCGGGAAGCACUGCAGAAGUUCACACGUGUGCAGGGAUGCACACCCACACAGGGUUCGGGAAAGAACCACGGUGUGGUGAAGGUUGACCUGGCUGUGGCGCUGGUGAAGCAUCUGUUCCCGGACGCGCCGGAUGCAGAGGCCACCCGCAUGGUCAACGCUUGCAUGGGCCGUCGCAAGGAGAUCUCGCCUGAACUUUUGCAGAUUCUGGCGAACCUCGACCCGGAGAACGAGAGUGACGGCCUUUACAAAAAAUGA